AGCCUGCAGCAGAGAGUGGCCCCUACUCUAGAAAGCAUUCGAGACCACCCCUCACGAACCCCAGGGAGGGGAAGCAGGGAAAGGGUUUCUGAAGAGGCAGGAAGGUUGUACAGGGAAGCUCCUGGGGAACAACAAAAGCCCUCUGAAACCUUACAAGCAGACUUGUGCCUGGCCAGCACUGGUUGGUGGGGGUGGUGGUUAAUGGUUUCAGGCCCAUGACUGACCUUUGGUUGGGCAUGUAGGAGCACAGAGGACCUAUGAGAGGUUAAAGAAGGAUUUUUACUGGUCAGGGAUGGAGAGUGCUGUGAGAGACUCCUGCAGACCUUUGGACAGAUGCCAGCGGUGAGAGACCUGCAGGACCCCAGUGAGUUCCUCUGCACCCCUUGCCGCUGACACAAGAUACAUUUGAGCAUUGGACACUGUGGGCCCUAUGCCUACCCAAAGUGGCCCCGCUGUCCCGUCCCCUUGCUCCGUGCCCGACCUGGAGCUGCCUGUCCCAGAGCUGGCUGCCGCGCCCCGGUGCCCGGCCCCAUGCCCCACAAGCGGCCAGACGAGGUCGAGUCGGAGACAUGCAAAGAGGGACAGGACCUGAAUAAGGGGGGCCAGGCACCCCCUAAGGAGGAAGAGGAGCCCAAAGCCAGCAAGAACCCCGUCUCCGAGUCGCGCCGCAGCUCACACUCCAGCCACGGGCGCAAGCAUGGCAAGAAGCAUCACGCCGAUGUCCACGCCGACGCCACCAAGGCCUACUCGCCCUUCCUCAACACUGUCUUCGGCAGGGAGAGGGAUCUUUCUCCAGUAGAACUGGAUGAGCUGCUGGACGCCUUCAAGGAGUUCGACACGGACCAGGAUGGCUUCGUGAGCUACAAGGACCUGGGCGCUUGCAUGCGCACCAUGGGCUACAUGCCCACCGAGAUGGAGCUCAUUGAAAUCUCCCAGCACAUCAAGAUGAGGAUGGGUGGGCGCGUGGACUUUGAGGACUUUGUGGAGAUGAUGGGGCCGAAGCUGCGGGAGGAGACAGCCCACAUGGUGGGGGUGCGUGAGCUCAAAAUCGCCUUCCGUGAGUUGGACAGGAAUGGGGACGGGGAGAUCAGCGGCACAGAGCUGAAAGACGCCCUCCUGGCCCUGCUGGGGGAGCAGGUCCCGCUGCCGGAGGUGGAGGAGAUCCUGCAUGACGUUGACCUCAAUGGGGACGGCCAUGUGGACUUUGACGAGUUUGUGAUGAUGUUGUCUUCCCGCUAACAAGGCCUCAGGGAGGGGGGCCCUCACCCGCCAUUGCCGUUCCAGCCUCCAGGGGGACCUGAGCAGCUCCAAGUGGAUCCCCACUUCUUGACAACUGGUGACCCCCUUCUUCGCCAGCAGGAACCGGGACGAGGCCCCUUUCAAAUACUAUGCACGCCUCACAUUCCAUUCCCCAAAGUGAGGCUAAGAGGGAGAAAAAGUAAACACAGACAGACAUGCCCUGAUGAAUGCAAGGUGCUGCAAUGAGCCUUUGAUGAUGAUGCACAUUAAAAAAAAGACAUAAAAUUUAGGCUUGAAUUGUAUUUACUUUUGACUUAGGGUAAAAGCUGGAAUGAGCCGGACCUGGAACAGCAUUAUAAUUAAUUAUAUCACAUUUAAAAACAGCGGAGAAAGUGACACGUACUUGGGAAGACUAUUUUGGAAAUGACCAGAAAUGAUUAAUUAUUAAUUGCUUGUCAUCCCAAAAUAUUAUUCUCAAGGGUGCGUCGCUGUCUCCACUGAGCAUACUUAUGUCCAGAAUUCUUAUAUUUAGCUUUAAUGUUAGUUUCCACUGUCUGAAAAUGUUAAUUCUGGCACAAAUGACAGAUCGCGAUCUAACGCUAGCCACCAUGUUUGUUUGGAUUUUAACCCUACUAGCCUCGUUAUGGGUUGGUUCCUGAAUAUUCAAGAUUCAAAAUUAAGAGUGACCUAUGAUAGACGCAACGUUACACUACAGUCAUAUGAACUUGACGUUACGGGAGUCACAUGAUGGUAUCAAGGUGUUCUAUGGCAGAGAAAAACAUUGGGAACCACUGCUUUGGAGGACUCUGCUCAGUGGACCAGGCCCCCAAGGAGGUCCCACUCUUCUUCCAGGGCCAGCCACACCCUCACUUGCCUCUGGGCUCCAGCCCUCCUGCCUCAUGCGGUGAGCUCUGCCCAGCAAGGCCAACUGAGCCAGAAGUCCGCUUAGGGAUGUGUAACUGUCCAGGGCCUGAUGCACUCUAGUGGGUAUUUGUAGUGACAUGGGGCAGCUUUUCCAACCAGGGCCGGGUCGGUUAGUCCCCUGGCACAUGGCUUUCCAAGUCCUGAGGGUAGCUCAAAGAAAGGAAGGUUAAAGCACAAUCCCUCUGGCCAAGCCCGAGCAAACCACCUGCCUUGCUGUAGCAGAUUCCGUCUCAGGCACUGUGUCUCUCUGGCGUUCUUAGUCGGGGCCAGGUUCUUCCAGAAGCUCACUCUUGGUCCUCCACUGGUCACCUCCCAAUCCUUCGGCUCCAGGCAAGGCCAUGCAGAAUUCACAGCCGUGCCUGCUGUCCAGUCCUUAGGGCUUCCCAUUGUCUCUCAGGACCCUCUCUUGAGCUAGGUCAGUUUUAACCAGUUUCCUGAUGAACCUAUUCAUUGCGGCCCAGACAGCUAGGUCUCUCACAUACACACACCCCUCUUGCCCCACACAGCCCCCCAAGAACUGAUUUAACUCUCCACUCCCAAACUGGCUAGCAACGCAGAGUACAGAGGGAAACUGAGGCACACAAGAUUCAUAAAAAUAUUACAGAAGAUUUCCACUUCAGCACAGCUCUCCUCCUUUGGGGCCGAACUGAGCAAGACUGCUUUACCCUCUGACCUGGGAGGUUCAAGCCCACCAUGGUUAUUAGGAGACGCCCCAGCACAAUGCCCAUUUCCGUGGUAGCAGUUCUACCUGGUGCUUGUGAGAUGCGUACAGCACAGUUUCUAACCAAGCGUACAGGUUUCACAGCAUAGGGCAGAGCUGUUUCACAUCCUCCCUUUGGUCAGGUCUGUUCGACGACAUGAGCAGGGUGCACAUGGGAAAUUUCCAUGCGGUCCCCAGCCCUUUGGCCACCACAGAACUUUUGGGUUUGAAACUGAGUCCCGCCACUACCUCCUCCCUGUCUUCUUCCAGGGAAAGAUGAGGGGAGGGAACCCACAUUCCUCCACGGGUCAGCCAUCCUGGCUGCAGCCUAGGGUGUUCUGACCCCUAGGUUGGCUAGGAAGUGACCCCAUGAGCGUCUGGUGGGGUCAACCUGUUGCCCUCACCCUCAGGACAGAGUCCUGUUUUAUGGUCCCCGGCCCCGAUGGGCUGUGAUUCAGACUGUCUUGGGUGGGAGAACCCAUCAGGUCCAUGGCCAUGCCCUGACAAGUUAUGUCCAAGUCCAGUAGUUGCUGUCCAGCUGCUUUACCCUUCCCUGGGGCUUCUUCCCGCUGAGCAGGGCAAACAUGUCUGGCAGUUGUCCUGCCCUGCCCACGUCCUCCCACGCUCAGGUAGGGCCUCAGCCACCACCAGACCCAGCUUGGCCUCUACUUCCUCAGGCUGGCUCCCUUGGUCACAGCAGCAGGUCUCAGGGAAGUUGUACCUGAGCCCAUAUGACUCACAUCUGCUGUGUGGAGAUGGCUGGGUCCAUUCCUCUGCCCCACUUGGAUACAGCUGUCUGCUUUCGGGUCUCCCGACCUUAACCUUUCCUCCUUCUCCCUAUAUGCACUGUCACUAACACCUCCAGUCUGCUUGGUUCAGACUCUGGGCUGGUCCAGGAGGAGGGGCUGAAUUUUAUCUUAAAGUGACACAUUCAUUCCCAAAAAGGACGUCAAAGCUGAUGUCCUGGAGACCAGCCACCCUGAUCCUUCCUGUGUCUGCCCAGGGAUCUCAGACAUAGGUAGGGCCAAUGGCUUCCCAUUUGGAACCUUACUUCAGGUUGUCCUGCCUUUCAGGAUUUGUUGGGGUUUCACCAGCAAGGAUUCUCUCUGUCCCACAGUCCCUCCAGCCCAUGAAUGUCUUCCCAUUAACCUUCUGCUCCCACUACAAAGCCUUAGGCUUUCUGUCUGCUAACCAUGUUUUAAGCUUGUGGGGACAUAUCUUAUAAAGUUGUUCCCCAAAUCCUCCAGUGUAGUGACACCUACAUUUUGCCCCAUCAUCAUUCUUCCAUCAGGGUGGUGGCUUCCAUAUGUGUCACAACCUUGAUCUUUUGCCUACACUCCAAACCUUUUCCUGUAAGCUCAGGUGUCAUUUCAGAUUUAAGCAGUGGAGUCUUUUCAAAUUGUUCAUGGU